AAGGCUGGUGGGAACGGCCCUGGGUAAAGAUCAUCUGAAAAUCUCCUUUAAAAGGAUCUGUUUAAAAGGGGGGACGAAGCGAGGGGUCCCGAGGAUGGAAGGACUGCGGCCUGGGAUUGGAAGAAGACAUUGAGCUGCUGUUGUCGAUCGCCCUCCACAUGGCUCGGAUUAAGCAGCUGUUUCUGCUCUGGUCAAUGUUUCAGGCAACCUUUGCUUUUAAAGGACACUGCAGCAAGCCUGACUUCAAAGUUAAAAACAUAGAUCUGAGCGAAAUAACGGACGCAUAUUUUGAAGUUGGUCAGAGACUCCGAUUGAAGUGUCAAAGUGGUUAUAAGAGAAAGGCAGGAACGUCAAACCUCAUCCGAUGUCAGAACAACUCUAAACAAGCCAAGUGGUCAGAGCCAAACCUCAAGUGCAUAACAACGUCUGUAGAGCCAACAUCUGUACACCCACCAACAUCGGCAGCUACUCCAGGAGCAUUCUCAGACCACUACACUGCAUCAACCAUGGACAUUAAAAUCGCCACAGAAACUCUAGCGAGCCACUUAUCAUCAGCAUUGACAACAUUAACUGCACUGAUUGAGUCGACAACAUUCACUGCUCCACCUGAGUCAGUUUCAGGCUGCAAUCAAACAUCCUCCAGCCCUCCACUCAGUACACAUACCAAAGGACUGGGACCCUUAGCUACAACAUGGACAGCAGUAAGGCCAUCAAGUUCCUCAACAGCUGAAACAGAAUUUCCAGCACCAGGUCUCUCUGACAGCACUCAGAAAGCAGCAGCUGAAACAGCAGUCACUUACAGUACUAAUGGGACCACAGGAACGGAGCCAAUAACCAGCAAGACAGCACUGGCAGAAAGAACAGUAAAUCCCUCUACAGCAUCAGAAACAGCCUCUGACGUUACUGGCUCUAUUGGCACCACAGACAUCAAUCAACUGGUAACCUCUGACAGAAACAUCGGACUAAUUGUCGGUACCAGUACAAGCAGCUUUACCAUUGCACUGUGUGCAUUAUUCUUUCUUUGGAUAUUUGUUUACAGAAAGAAAAUUAGUUGCAAAAGAUCACAAGAAUAUCACCUAACACCAAUCGAGGUACAGACAGUGACAAGUGUCAAUGAAACAGAGCCUUUACAUCAGGAAACAGAAAGCUGACCCUCAUCACUCAAUGUUAAAGAGGAUCAAUGUCAUCCACUGCCAGCAAGAGGAAAUGUUGAAACAAGUCCAACAUGGAACAAAGAAUGAACAUGUCAAGAGAUGUUUGUUCACUAAACUGAGCCAUUCCUUUCUUUUGUUAUUACUAUCAAUAUGCGCCUCUUUCUGAAACACCAUCCCCAUCACCAUGGGCCAUAGAAACAAAGUGUGUCCCCCAAGGUAGGGGAGUCCAAAAAACUAGAAGGCAUAGAUUUAAGAUGAAAGGAGAAAGAUACAAAAGGAAUCCAAGGGACAAUGUUUUCAUGCAGAGGGUGAUGCCUGUAUAAAAUUAGCUGCCAGGGGAAGUGGUGGAGGCUGGUACAACAUUUAAAAGGCAUCUGGAUGGAUACAUGAACAAGAAGGGUUUGAAGAGAUAUGGGCCAAAUGCUGGCAAAUGGGACUAGAUUAGGAUAUCUGGUCCUGAAGUUGGACCAAAUAGUCUGUACAACUCUUAAAGACUUUAUAAUUACCUGCUCCACAAACCUCCAUCUUGUAUGUGGUGGCGCCAACGGACAGAAAUUGUGUUCGACUCUUAAGAUGUAUAAUUAAUGUCUUGUUCAAUAAUGAAAUAUAGACUCUCCACCAGAUUGGUGCUAAAGAGGUGAGCAGAUGAUCAAUGCUUUGAAAUUAAUUUUUUAAAAAAUAUUAUAUACAGAAAUAUAUAUUUUCUACUAAACUUACCUAAAGGAAACUUUGAGCCACUUCUGAAUAU